AUGCAAAAAGCACCAACAGGAUCAAUAUCAACACCCCUGGCAAAUAUUUCAGAAGCACCAACGGGAUCUGCAUCAAAAGCACCAUUGGCAGUUGUGUCAGCACCCCUGGCAAAUAUUUCAGAAGCACCAACGGGAUCUGCAUCAAAAGCACCAUUGGCAGUUGUGUCAGCACCCCUUGCAGUUAUUUCAGAAGCACCAUUGGCAUCAGUGUCAGCAACACAUUCUUCAGUUGCAACAGCAUCUUGGGAGAGUUUCCUUUUAUAUCGCUCCCAGCACCCAGGCCCAUUAUCACAGAGGGCCUUCUUCCGGUGGUGCCAAUAUGGAGGGGAUGAUCCCUCCUUUAGAUGGAGGAGACAGACCCCAUAUGGGGCCACCAUGAGUAAUUACCUUGGAGAUAUGAACCAUAUUUGUCAAUAUUGUGGUGCCAAAAAUUUUUUAAAUGAAACACAUUUUCUGUGCUGCCAUUCUGGAAAAGUUGCGUUAGCUCCACUUUUGCCUUAUCCACUGCUCAUGCACGAUUUAAUGACAGGCAACCAUGUUGAUCGUGCUAUGAAUCAAAAUUUCUUCAAGCAUAUUCGAAGUUAUAAUGCCUGUUUAUCUUUUGCUUCAUUCACAGCAAGAAUAGCUCCUCCGUCUGAUCAUGGGCCACCCUGUUUUAGGAUUUGCGGACAAAUUGUGCAUCGUGUUGGUAAUCUGAGACCUGAUCAAAAUGUUCUGCCUGCAUAUUGUCAGUUAUAUGUUUAUGAUCCUAAUACUGCUUUAAAUUUUCGAAUGGAGCAAAAUGAUUGUUGCAUACGUGAGUUGAUGGAAUUUUUGCAGACUAUAAUUAGUCAAGAGAACCCAUUUGCUCUUGCAUUUAAAAACAUGGCUGAAAUUGAAGAUGAAGAAGUACGUCAAGCAGCUUUAGAAGGUCGACCAACUUCGAUUGUUAAAAUGUCAUUGCUUGAAGGUGGUGAUAGACGUCGAUACAAUCUUCCUUCACACGAGGAAGUUGCCAUUGUUUUUGUUGGGGACGAUGGUGCUCCACCUCCAUCUAGGGAAGUAGUUAUAUACCCUCGAGGUCAGGCCUUAAAAACAAUUUCAAGUAUGUCUGCAAAUCAAGAUCCAAUGAUAUAUCCAAUAUUUUUUCCAAGAGGUGAUGCUGGAUGGCAUGAGCAACUAGAGCAUCAUCCUGACCGAGCUACACGUGUUAGAAAUCGGGUUACUUUGUCUCAGUACUACAAUUACAGGCUUUCUGUUAGAGAAACCUUUAAUACUAUAUUUUAUGGUAAGAAGCUUUUUCAACAGUAUGCUGUUGAUGCAUAUGUCAAGAUUGAAGGUCAGCGCCUUGCUUUUAUUAGAAAUAACCAAAACAGACUUAGAAGUGAACAAUAUGAUACAUUAUAUGAACAUGUAAAUAACGCUGCAAAUAACCUUAAUGUAAGACCAGGUCGUGUUGUUAUACUACCAUCCUCAUAUGUUGGAAGUCCAAGAGCUUUAAAAGAAAAUUUUGAAGAUGCAAUGGCAAUUAUAAAGAGAUAUGGCAAACCAGAUCUUUUUAUUACUUUUACCUGCAAUCCAAAAUGGAAAGGAAUUACAGAAAAUUUAAAUCCAGGUGAGAGCCCAUCUGACAGACCUGAUUUAGUUUGUCGUGUAUUUAAGAUGAAACUUAAAUGCUUCCUAGAUGAUAUUUUUAAACACGGAGUCUUAGGUAAAGUUAUAAGUCAUGUACAGGUUAUUGAGUUUCAAAAACGUGGUUUGCCACAUGUACAUAUUUUAUUGCACUUUGUAAAUGAUGAUAAGCUAGAAACAGCAGAGGAUAUUGAUAGUCUAAUAUCAGCUGAAAUUCCAGAUCAAACUGUUGAUCCUGAACUUUUUGAAAUUAUAAAAACAUGUAUGAUUCACGGACCAUGUGGAAUUUUGAAUCCCAAUUCUUCUUGCAUGAAAGAUGGGAUUUGCACAAAAAAGUUUCCUAAAGAAUUUAAUCCUCACACUGUUGCAACUUUCAAUGGCUAUCCUCACUACAGGCGUUUAGAUAAUGUCCACCUUCCUGAUAAUCAGAAGGUAUAUUUUAACGAAGGAGAAGAACGAGUAGCUAUAGAUCGUGCUGCACAGCGUGACACUCACCUAACCGCUUGGUUUAAAUUAAAUGCUGAGAUAAAUGAAGCACGUCAGUAUUCUUAUGUUGAAAUUCCGUAUCACUUUGUUUUUGAUGGUAAAAAUUGCAAGUGGAAAGUAAGACAAAGAGGCAGUGAUAAGGUGAUUGUGCGAAUGUAUAAAGUCAAUCUAACCAGUGAAGUAUUUUUUCUUAGAUUGUUGCUUUUGCAUGUAAAAGGUGCAAUGUCUUUUGAGGAUUUGCGUACUAUUCAUGGCACUGUUUUUAAUACAUUUCGUGAAGCAUGUUAUCGAUUAGGUCUAUUGCAAGAUGACAUUGAAUGGAGAAAUACAUUAACUGAAGCUGUAGCAACUCGAAUGCCUAAACAAAUUAGGCAACUGUUUUCCAUCAUAUUGACUUUAUGUGAACCUGAUGAUCCUUGA